AUGAAGACAGGCGCGGCAGUGGUGUGUCUUAUCGCGUUCGUUCACGCUCAGGACUUAAGUGUAAAAGUGAAUAACUUCGGUCUGGAGUUAUUAUACUUCGCUCACCAGGAUACAAGAGACAACACGGUGAUAUCGCCUUUUGGAGUAUGGAGCCAGAUGGUUGUAUUGGCUCUAGGAGCUACAAAGGAAAGCAGAAACCAACUAGAUCACGCUCUACGCCUGCCGAAGAAUAACACGAAAGUAGUCAAUGCCUACCAUAACUUAACAACCGCGGUUCUCCAUCCGAUAAUACAUAAACGAAGCUUCAUGUUCUACGAUAUGAGAGUUAAUAUAUCUAAGAAAUACGAAAUGAUAUCUGAGUAUUUCGGCUCAAUGCCGAUUCAACUCGACUUCAAGCAAUCGAAUUCGGCCGCGCUAGUCGCGAAUCGAUUAUUAAUCGAUUCAGGUGUGAAAGUAUCGAAUGUCUUGAUACCCAGUGACUUUGAUAAUACAACAGUGAUUUUAACGUGCGUUAUUAAGUUUAGAGGGUCAUUGAGAGCGUCGUUCAGUAGCAAAAAUACGAAACUGGCGGCUUUCUACGACGAUAAGAACGGUGUUAACGCCGUGUUUAUGAUGCGGCAAAUCGGAAAAUUCCUUUACUCCAACCUGGAAAGUAUUCGGAGUCAGGUACUGGAAAUGCCCUAUAACGCCAAAUAUUCCCUGGUUUUAAUACUGCCCCAUAUUGGCACAACACUGAAUGACGUGUACCAUCGCUUCGAGUUAAUUAGUUUAGAUGAUAUUCUUAAUAGUCUGGUGGAAAGAAAAGUGGUGGAAGUAGAAUUACCGAGGUUCAAAAUAAGCACUAAUCUAAUAUUGAACGAACCGUUGAAUCUAAUGGGAGUAGAUAUAUUCGAGAAGGAAUACGCUAGCUUUGAUAAUAUCGCGCCAGAGUUCUGUAUAUCGAAAUUUGUCCAUAAAGUUGUUUUCGAAAUCUCCGAAUCGAGCGAAGACGACACACGUACUGCGACGGAUUACGAUGCAAAAUUCACAGCGAAUAGACCGUUCGUGUAUCUAGUUAUUGAGAAAACAACUCAAACGAUCGUUUUGAACGGCGUUUAUUCUAGGCCGAGCGGGGUACUCAGAGAAUAG